AGAGACUUGAAGAAUGUUUCUGGUGAGUGUGGCGCUGCUGCUCCUGCUCCUUUACUUGGCUUCUCGUAAACCACGAGGCUUCCCCCCAGGACCAGCUCGGCUGCCUCUUGUGGGCUUCUCACCGUUCCUGGAGACACACUUAACCUUCAAGCACAUGUGGCGGCUCUCCUGCACCUACGGCCCCGUCGUCGGGGUCUACUUUGGCCCCCAAGCCACCGUCAUCGUUAACGGGUGGGAGGCCGUGAAAGAGUCACUCAACAACGAAGAUUUAAAUGGUCGACCUUUUAAUCUUUAUCUCCAUCUUGCAUACAACGGUGUGAAAGGUAUGAUGUAUGUGGAGGAAGAUCUGUGGAAAGAACAGCGACGGUUCACACUCCACCAGUUUCGUAACUUAGGCUUCAGUAAAAGGUCACACGAGAACAUCAUCCAGGAGGAAGCCAGAGAAUUAAUCCAGGAGAUGCAGGAUGCUGACGGCAGUGUAUCACUUCAGGAGCUGCUCGGAGUAUCGCUCGUCAACAUCCUGUGGGCGGUGAUGGGCGGCACCAGGUUUGGCAGGAAGGAUGAGCACCUCCUGGACUUGGUCAACAAGGUCCACAAGAUGUUUCGUGCUGGUGAACUUGGCGGGGGCCUGGUCAACGCUCUCCCAUUUUUGCUUCACGUUUGGCCCCGAGACUCCAAUUUCUAUACUGUUGUCGACGCCCGGCGGCUUGUCCUUGAUUUCGUGAGAAAGGCUGUGGAGGAGCACAAGGCCACCCUCGACCCUGACAACCCCCGUGAUUUCAUUGAUAUUUACAUCAAUGAAAUAUACAAAAAUCAACAUAAUCCCGACAUUUCAUUCACAGAGGAACAGUUAUCGGCAUUGUGUACUGACGUGUUCGGCGCUGGAGUAGAGACGGGCUCCUCAACUGUGUCCUUCGCAGUGCUGCUGACGAUCCUUCAUCCACACGUAAUGCACAACAUGCAGCAGGAACUAGACAGUGUUUUGGGUCAAGACCGCUUUCCUUCCAUGGACGACCGCAAUACACUGGUGUACACGGAAGCGACGCUGAUGGAGGCAUUCCGCCAUAGCGGGGCAGCGCCUCUCACCAUUCCUCACAAGGCCCUGAGGAACACCACACUGAUGGGCCACCAGAUCCCGGCCAACACAAUGGUGAUGAACAACCUGUACAGCGUGCACAUGGACCCUCACUACUGGGACGACCCUCACCUCUUCCGGCCGGAGCGGUUCAUCAACCCUGACGGCUCACUGCGCAAGGAUGAGCGUCUCAUUCCCUUCGGCAAAGGCCGUCGUAUAUGUCCAGGAGAGUCCCUGGCCAGGAUGACGUCCUUCAUGCUGUUCGCAGCUCUCUCCCAACGCUUCACCUUCGCCCUGGACCCCAAAGUCCCUGUGCAUAACACGGAGGGCAAGUUUGGGUUCACUCUCGGACCUCCAGAGUUCAAAGUCUUCGCUGAGCCCAGGUUCUAGAGCCUCGCCCUCCUACCAGUUUAAUUGUAUUCCCUUUGGAGAUGUGCAUCACGGAGUCCCUCACGAGCAGAAAAGCAACAAUACAGUAUCCAGAAACGAAGUCGAUCGAACUUAUGUUUUUAGAA